GCCUAUUCUAUAUUCUACAUACCAUACCUCGACGUCUCAAAAACCUUCUUCUCUUUUAAACCUCUUUCCACAUUAGCAUGCAAAUUCCUUUAAGCUAAACUACCUACCUUUCCCCUCCAAUCCUCUCUUGAAUUAGACAACAACUAAUUCUCUCCUGCCAUUGAAUAUCUUUUCAACUCGGCUUUCAUUAUUCCUCUCUAAUGAUACGACUAAUUUAGUAAUUCGCGAUAUUCGAGGUUGCGCUGUGGUGGUUGAGGUGCACUGUUGGGAGAACAGUCCAACAUUGAUCUCUUUUUCAUUUGUCGUCCUUGGACGCAUAGCACUUCGCUGUAUAUCGUGGCUAAGUACACAGUCCGUAUACCUCACGUUCAUAGCACGUACCACGACAUACUCUCGACCUUCAACCACGUAGGUCCUAUAUCUCACGGACUCACCGACGAAGUAAUUAUUCGCUACGCAUUGCUUUUGCAAAUACGCGCACCUAUCUACACUUAUUUUGAGCGACGGCACCAUUUACGGCCUAAUCAUACGCUCAUGCGAUGCACAUACGGCCCACUCUCCUUGUGACAGCCUCACAAUCUCCACUAACCGAAGGUGACCGGCAAACGUAGCCCACCACCUCUUCAUCCAACACUGCUGGAUACGAUCUUUCCGAGGAUUCAUCUUCUCACUUCAUAGCAUCGUUGUUUGUCUUGAACCAUGGUCUCCACCCCCUCCGCCGGCCACGGUGGCGGCGUUGGAGGUGUCCAUAGCGCGAAUGCCAGCUCGAGAGCAUCUCCUGCAGUCGGUAACACCAGCUCCUCAAGUCAUGCGAACCAUUCAUCUUCGGCAACCAAUGGCGCAAAGUCCAAGACACAGGUUAAUUCGAAUGGCUAUCAUCCUACGAAUCCCCAUGUACCUUUAAGCUCUCUGCGUAGCGCACCUCUAGAUCUUACCUCGGUCGAACGAAGAGGCCAGGCAACGACGAGUCGAGAACCACCUAAGCGAAAUAGACCGUACGGACUCGAGGAAGCGCCGACGUAUCAUCCCACCGAAGAAGAAUGGAAAGACCCAUUCGAGUAUGUUCGCAAGAUCACACCCGAUGCUCGCGAAUAUGGCAUCUGCAAGAUAGUUCCUCCCGAUUCGUGGAACCCAGACUUCGCAAUCGAUACCGAGAAAUUCCAUUUCCGAACUCGAAAGCAAGAAUUGAACUCGGUUGAAGGCAGUACAAGAGCGAAUCUUAGCUAUCUCGACGCUCUCGCCAGGUUCCACAGGCAGCAAGGAACAAAUCUAAACCGCUUACCCUAUGUCGACAAGAAGCCUCUCGACUUAUACCGACUCAAGAAAGCGGUCGAAUCCCGCGGCGGCUUUGAGAAAGUCUGCAAGACGAAGAAGUGGGCGGAAAUCGGCAGAGAUUUAGGAUACAGCGGAAAGAUCAUGUCCUCGUUGUCUACGUCGCUGAAGAACUCGUACGAUCGAUGGCUUACACCGUACGAAAAUUAUCUCCGCCAAGCGAAACCUGGUGUUUAUCAACAAUUGGAGUAUGAGUAUGGCGGCCCGCUUACACCAAGCCCGGCUCCUAGCCCUAUGAAACGAUCGACUGUGAACACUCCUUCGAGCCUCAGAGCAGAAUCGCCCGCCCGACAUGCCAGCGACGCUCUUCAGCAAAGCUUAAAUGGCUCGAAGCAGGAUCCGGAUCGUGAUACGAUUAUGGCUGACGCGCCGGCCGCCACAUCACAGCCUACGUCAGGCGGAUUUACCGCUAUUAAUUCUGGAGGGUUUACGCCUGUUAAUGCCGGAUUCACCAGCGUCAAUCGGCCUGUUCCAUCCGACCCGAAGGGUUUUACUCCGCCUCCGAAACAUCACGGAAGCCCACAUCCCUCUGGCAAGAACACGCCGGAUCUGCGACCGUCCGGGCUCGGACCCGCUACUGCCCUUAAGCGUCAACUUAGUUCGGACAGCUUAGACUCAGCGAAGAAAGACACUGGUACUGACGACUCUGAGAAUGGCAGUAGAAGGAGUAAGCGACUGAAGAAAGAAACCGUCCCUACUGUUGCCGGUUCUCACAUGUCGCUGUUCCGUCCUUCAGCUCCGAAAAUCCCGGUACCACGAGAUGAAUCAUCUAGUCCCAGCGAGAAAUGUGAAGCUUGCGGUAAAGGCGAUGAGGUGGGCUUCAUCGCUGUAUGCGAGUCAUGCGAUCACGGGUACCACGGUACUUGUUUGGAUCCUCCGCUAAAGCAAAAACCGGACGCCGAGUGGAACUGCCACAGAUGUCUUGUUGGCGAUGGCCAGUUCGGUUUCGAAGAAGGCGGCCUAUAUUCACUAAAGCAAUUCCAGGAGAAGGCAGCAGACUUUAAGCAAGGCUACUUCGAAAAUCGGAUGCCGAUCGAUCCAGUGCUCAAUUGUCCGCGACCAGUCACAGAAGAGGACGUGGAAAAGGAGUUCUGGAGACUCGUCACUAGCACCGAGGAAACUGUGGAGGUAGAAUAUGGCGCAGAUAUCCACUGCACCACUCAUGGCUCUGGCUUCCCGACCGCCGAGCGCAACCCAUGCGAUCCUUAUUCUACGGAUCCCUGGAACUUGAACGUCAUGCCUCUCCACCCUGAGAGUCUUUUCCGGCAUAUUAAGUCAGAUAUCUCGGGCAUGACUGUUCCCUGGGUUUACGUUGGGAUGAUAUUCUCGACGUUUUGUUGGCAUAACGAGGAUCACUUCGCAUACUCGGUCAACUAUCAACACUUCGGAUCGACCAAGACUUGGUACGGCAUUCCGGCCGCUGACACCGAUAAGUUUGAGAAUGCUAUGCGAGAAGCGGUGCCGGAGCUCUUCGAGACUCAGCCUGACCUAUUAUUCCAACUCGUCACGCUUCUCACCCCGGAGCAACUUAAAAAGGCGGGCGUCCGUGUCUAUGCUCUCGAUCAAAGAGCCGGCCAAAUGGUCAUCACAUUCCCUCAAGCCUACCACGCAGGGUUCAACCACGGGUUCAACUUUAACGAGGCUGUGAACUUCGCUCCUUCAGAAUGGGAGCCGUAUGGACUUGCCGGGGUAGAGCGAUUGCAGCAGUUCAGGCGACAGCCGUGUUUCUCGCACGACGAGCUUCUGUGGACAGCAGCGGAAGGGACUGGAUCCGGGUUAACUAUCCAAACCGCGAAGUGGCUUGCGCCUGCGCUUGGGAGGGUACACAAACGGGAACUCGAACAGCGAGAGGAGUUCAUCGCAAAGCACCGGGAAGACAGCCAUCAACCCUGUGGCCUGACUACCGACUCUGAUGAGCAUUGCUCGCUCGCUUUUGAAGUCUCCGACGUUGAUAUCCCCGAGGAAGAAUACCAGUGCGCUUAUUGCAAGUGCUACGCCUACUUAUCAAGAUUCAAGUGCCUCCAAUCCGGCAAGGUUCUUUGUAUCCAGCACGCGGGGAAUCAUGCAUGCUGCGAUAUGUCCGAGUCGGAACGAUAUGCCGGAGAUCAACACAAGCUUUACUAUCGCAAGACCGACGAACAGCUCGACGAGACUUACCGAAAGGUGGCGGACAAGGCCAAUAUGCCGGAGGCGUGGGAGGAAAAAUAUGAGAAACUUCUCGACGACGGAGGGAAGCCAGCGCUCAAAACGCUGAGGAACCUUCUAAGCGAGGGUGAACGAAUACCGUACGACCUCCCCUCCUUGCCAGCUCUCAGGGAAUUCGUUGACCGCUGUAACGAGUGGGUCGAAGAGGCGACUAAUUAUACGGUGCGAAAACAGCAGAACCGCCGUAAAAAUGACAAGGUCUGGCAGAGCGGAAUGCGAAAGUCCAUCGGUGGCUCUUCCCAAGAGCAGAGAGAACGAGAACUCCGGCGGGUCGAGAACAUCUACCGCUUAAUCGACGACGCCGAGCGCAUAGGAUUCGACUGCCCGGAAAUCCAGCAUCUACAGGAGCGCGCUAAUGCUAUAAGAAACUUCCAGAAGAAUGCCGAGCAAUUCCUAGAGCGCGGGUGCGGCCAGGAAUCCAUCGAAGAACUCAUCGAGGAGGGUCGUACAUUCAACGUCGAUAUGCCAGAGCUUGACAAACUGUCCGAGAUCCUAGAACAGACAAAAUGGAACGUCAAAGCAAAGUCGAACCGAGGCGAGUUUUUGACCUUGAAAGAUGUUAGGGAACUGCUUGAAGAAGGUCACCGCUUGGAAAUCCCACUGUAUAAUGAUAACAUGAGGUAUUUCGGUGACAAGUACGCGGCGGGAAUGCAAUGGGAAACUAAAGCGAAGGAGCUUAUCAACGCGGAGGUCGUCCACUAUCCGCAACUCGAGGCUCUCUCAAACCAGGUGCAAGUAAACACGCUCCCCGUCACGCAAGAUACUCUAGCUGCCGUCGAUCAGAUUUUGCACAAGCAACGGGAAGCCCAUCGCCAGAUCCUUGACCUCACGGAGCGCUCCAAGGAACCCGAUUAUAAGAAGAGGCCUAAAUACACCGAGGUGGUUGAGAUCAUGAAGAAGCUGGAAGAUCUCAACUCAAAGCCGACAGGGACUCUUGACCUUGAAAAGGAGCAGAGACGUCACGAGGAUUGGAUGCGAAAGGGGAAGAAGCUUUUUGGCAAGACUAACGCGCCCCUUCAUAUUCUUAAAAGUCACAUGGACUACGUCCUAGAACGCAACCUCGCCUGUUUUGAUAUUCGCAACGAUACGCCCCGACUCCCGGCCGAGCCUGCGUCUAGGGCGGCGAGCGAAGAAAGGGGAGAAGAGGGAGGAAAGGUUCGGCGAACAUGGGAUAUCAAUGAUCCGGCUCUAGUAGAAGUGUUCUGUAUCUGCCGCCGUAUCGAGGCCGGCAUGAUGAUCGAAUGCGAACUGUGCCACGAGUGGUAUCACGGCAAGUGCUUGAAGAUUGCCCGAGGAAAGGUAAAAGAAGACGACAAGUACACUUGCCCGAUCUGCGAUUGGCGAGUCAAGAUUCCGCGAGACGCUGCGCGGCCUAAGCUGGAGGAUCUCAUUGCCUGGCAAGAGGAGAUUCCGAACUUGCCGUUCCAACCCGAAGAAGAGGAAGUACUGAAGAAAAUCAUCGACAAUGCGCAGAAAUUCCGGGAUCACAUUGCGGCAUUCUGCAAUCCCGUGCUUUCCACGGCAGCCGAGGCUGGUGACCAACGAUUCUAUCUACGAAAGAUUGAAGGAGCCGAAAUCCUCUUGUCUUUCGAGACGAAUUUCUUCCGACAAGAACUCCAUAAAUGGAGUCCGGUAGCGCCGGAACCGCCUCCUGUGCUCGACGUGUCUAAGAGCACACGCAAGCCACGCCCAACAAAACUCCAGAAGAUGUUGGCGCAAUUUGGCGUAAAGGAUCCUGAUGACCUACCGGAGAAUAUGAAGAGCAAAGCGAACAGCCUGAAGCGCAAAGCGAUGAACGCAGAGGCAGCCGCGGCUGCAGCCCAGGCUGCGGCAGCGUCGUCCAGUAUCGCCCUUGUUCCCCCGAAUGCGACAAGUCCAUCCUCUCACUCGUUCGGGUCUGGCGGUCAUCCCUUCCUCUCACGGAACUCGCAGCCGUCGACUCCAGCUUUGACCAGCACCUCUCACGCGCAUCCACCUCAGAGGUCCAGCUCAGCAUCCUCUAGCAGACCCGGAUCCUCUCUUCGGCCCGACGCUAUGGACAUGCAUAACACAGCUGGCCUGCAUCCAGACUUUUUCAACGGACCAGGACCUCGACUAAGCGCUCUAGACCCGUCCAUGACGCUUGAAGAUCGUUUACUGCGCGGGCGGGAUGACGGAUUGAACGACAAUCUAAACCUAACCACGGACGCCGGCAAAGCCGAUGCUCUCGCACUAUUACGUACUACCGAGCUCGGACGUAAGCGGGCUGAGGAGUUGUUUGGUCCAGAGGUGUGGAAUCACGGCCGUGAUGAUGCGUUCAGCAGAGCAAACGUGAGCCAGACUCAAGACGAUGAUAGGGACGUCGACAAGAUGUUCCUAGAUCUGACUAAUGCCGAUGACGACGAUGAGGCCAAGAAAGAACGACAACGUGAAAAGGAACGAGUAAGCGUCACGGCCGAAAGCUUUGAGGCAGAGCGAAACGUGAUGGAUAUGGAGGAUUCGGACUGAUUUUGGUCGAUCCCACGACGUUUGGCAUGGCAUGAAGGGAGUCUCGGCGCUUAAUUGGGCAUGGAAGGUGCGGCUGACGAUUAAUUGGUGGUGUUAAGGGCUUUUUAAGCACUAACACGUUGAUGACAAAAAUUUCCCUCUGGAGUACCGGCUGGCAUUUCUCUGCACUAUAUUCACGGCCACGGUAGAAGCAAUCAGCAUACGAGGAUGAGCCAACAUAUAGAGGCGUUUUCACGGAUCGUUUUGCGGAUGAAAAUUCCCUUUCAUUUCCCCACAGUGUAUGAGUACAUGGUUCAGGCUCAAGAGCCGGGCCGAACACUAUUGCAUUAGAUAGGCGUUGUUUGGCAGACCCGGUUCGGUAUACCUUGUUCAGUUCAAUGGAGGAAGGCUGGAAGGGGUGGGGACCAAUACCUAUUGAGUUAUGCACGUAGGUAUUUGAAUUCACAUUGUUCAUUGCCAACGGCGA